AUGGCUCUCAAUACUACAAUUGAUCCUGAAUUAUUAGACGGUCGUUCUGCUGCUGAUAUUUUUAUAAAUAAAAAUCAAGGUCAAGGUUAUACCUACGAUGAUUUGAUUCUCAUGCCCGGUCAUAUUAAUUUUGGUGUCGACGCUGUAAAGCUCGAGACGAAAGUUUCGCGUAAUAUUUUACUCCAUUUACCACUCGUUUCGUCCCCAAUGGAUACAGUUACAGAGCAUGCAAUGGCUAUUGGUAUGGCUUUACACGGUGGUAUUGGUAUUAUCCAUUAUAAUAUGACAGUUGAAGAGCAAGUGAAGGAAGUGCGUCUAGUUAAAAAGUUCAAGAAUGGGUUCAUUACCGAUCCCAAAUGUCUCUCACCUGAGAAUACACUGGCUGAUGUCGAUCGUAUCAAGGCUGAAUUUGGUUUUGCUGGGAUUCCUAUUACAAAAUCUGGCAAGGUCGGGAGUGUACUGGUUGGGAUCGUAAGCAAUCGUGAUAUUGAUUUUAUUGAGGACCGUCAAACCAAGUUGAAAGACGUCAUGUCUCAAGAUCUUGUGACUGCCCCGGAGGGUGUCUCGUUAAAGGAAGCAAACUUUAUUUUACAGGAAAGUAAAAAGGGGAAACUGCCGAUUGUCAAUGCCAAGGGCGAGUUUGUAUCGCUCAUUUCACGUCGUGAUCUGGUCAAGAACCGCGAUUUUCCACAUGCGUCCAAGGACGCCAACAAACAGCUGCUAGUUGGUGCUGCCAUUGGCACCCGUCCGAACGACCGUGAACGCUGCACGGAGCUGGUCAAGGUUGGCGUGAACCUCAUUGUUAUUGACUCGUCACAAGGCGACUCGACGUUUCAGGUUGAUUUGAUCAAGUGGAUCAAGGCGACGUACCCCCAGAUUGACGUAAUCGGUGGAAAUGUUGUCACCCGCGCACAGUGUAAGCGCCUUAUUGACGCUGGCGCGGACGGCCUCAAGGUCGGCAUGGGUGUUGGCUCCAUUUGUACUACACAGGAGGUGUGCGCUGUCGGCCGCGCUCAGGCCAGUGCCGUGUACAACACUGCUCGUUAUGCCCGUCAAUUUGGCGUACCUGUCAUUGCUGAUGGUGGUAUUGCCAGUUCGGGUCACAUUGUGAAAGCUCUGACGGUUGGAGCUUCGGCCGUCAUGUGCGGCUCGCUCUUUGCUGGUACCGAGGAGGCCCCCGGCCAGUACUUUUUCCAGGACGGCGUCCGUCUUAAGAAGUAUCGUGGCAUGGGCUCAAUCGAGGCUAUGACGCAGGGAUCUUCGAAACGUUACUUUGCCACGCACGCUGCUGUCAAGGUCGCCCAGGGCGUGAGCGGCUCCGUGGUGGACAAGGGCUCGCUGAUGAAGUACGUUCCGUACUUGCAGCAGGGCAUUAAGCACGGCCUGCAGGACCUGGGACAAGUUACCAUGGCCGCGGUGCACGAGGCGCUCCAUAACGGAGAGCUCCGCUUUGAACUUCGCACGCCGGCUGCUCAACGUGAGGGCAACGUCCACUCGCUGCACGCGUACGAGAAACGUCUGUACUAA